GAGAGAGAGAGAGAGAGAGAAGUGGAAAGAGAACGCAAAUUCAUUUUUGAAGACUUUUCCCCUUUGUCUCUCAAAAAAAAAACUAAAUCCCAGUUUUCGCAUCCACUGCCGCCACCACUUGCUUAACGCGCCUCCGUAUCCCCUCCCAAUCGCCGCCAUCUCGAUUCCUAGGGUUUCCGCCACCGCUUCUCUGUCCACCUGAGGUUUUUUUUAUUCGAGCUGGAUUAUCUUCUCUUAAGCCGCUGGUGCAGUGGCUUUAUUGAUUGAUUGAUUGAUCUAGCUUUCCCCAAUCCGAACGAAUAAUCUAGGGCAGAGGAUUUGAUUUUGGUUUAUUCCGGCGUGGUCUCCGAUUUGGAUGGCAUUAGGAGACUUGAUGGUAUCUCGGUUCUCGCAAUCUUCCGUUUCUUUGGCCUCCAAUCACCGCUACGACGAAGAAGACGACGACUGUGUCUCCUCCACCGCUCACGGUGAUUCGUCAGUCCCUUCGCGGAGGAAAGAUUCCGAGGCCACCACGAGCAGUAUCUACGGAAAUGGCACGGAGGAGAGAGACGCCACCGCCACAGCCACCAGUAUGGCUUACCUGCCUCAGACUAUCGUGCUUCGAGAGGUUAGACACAACGCAUCCGAGGCUUCUGCUCCCUUGGGGACUUCCGACGGCAUUGCAUUGGCUCCCAAAUGGCGGCUUAAAGAGCGAAUGAAAACAGGAUGUGUAGCUCUAGUACUGUGUUUGAACAUUACUGUUGAUCCGCCCGAUGUUAUUAAGAUAUCUCCGUGUGCUAGAAUCGAGGCUUGGAUAGACCCAUUUUCGAUGGCCCCGCCAAAAGCUCUCGAGGCUAUUGGAAAAAAUCUGAGCACUCAGUAUGAGCGAUGGCAACCAAGGGCUCGAUAUAAGGUUCAGUUAGAUCCGACGCUCGAUGAAGUUAGGAAGCUGUGCUUGACUUGUCGGAAAUAUGCAAAGACCGAGAGAGUUCUAUUCCAUUAUAAUGGGCAUGGUGUGCCAAAGCCUACUGCUAAUGGUGAAAUCUGGGUAUUCAACAAGCAUUAUACGCAGUACAUUCCAUUGCCAAUCAGUGAGCUUGAUUCCUGGUUGAAGACACCGUCCAUCUAUGUUUUUGACUGCUCUGCUGCUAGGAUGAUUCUUAAUGCCUUCGCUGAGCUUCAUGAUUGGGGUUCUUCUGGUUCCUCUGGAUCCUCAAGGGACUGCAUUCUACUUGCUGCUUGUGAUGUACAUGAGACACUUCCUCAGAGCGUUGAAUUUCCAGCUGAUGUUUUUACUGCUUGCCUCACCACACCCAUUAAAAUGGCUUUGAAAUGGUUUUGCAGGCGUUCUCUCUUGAAAGAAAUCAUUGAUGAAUCACUUAUUGACAUGAUUCCGGGCCGCCAAAAUGACCGUAAGACAUUGUUAGGAGAGUUGAACUGGAUUUUCACAGCAGUGACGGAUACAAUUGCAUGGAAUGUGCUUCCUCAUGAACUUUUCCAGAGAUUAUUCAGACAGGAUUUGUUGGUCGCUAGCCUUUUCCGAAAUUUCUUACUUGCUGAGAGAAUAAUGCGGUCCGCAAAUUGUAAUCCAAUAUCUCACCCAAUGCUGCCUCCUACGCAUCAACAUCAUAUGUGGGAUGCAUGGGACAUGGCUGCUGAAAUCUGCCUUUCUCGCCUUCCCCAACUUGUUCGGGACCCAAACACAGAGUUCGAGCCAAGUCCUUUUUUUACUGAUCAACUGACAGCUUUUGAGGUGUGGCUUGAUCAUGGAUCUGAGCUUAAGAAGCCACCAGAACAGUUGCCUAUUGUUCUUCAGGUGUUACUUAGCCAAUGCCAUCGGUAUCGUGCUCUUGUACUUCUUGGAAGAUUUCUUGAUAUGGGUUCAUGGGCCGUGGAUCAGGCUUUGUCUGUUGGAAUAUUCCCAUAUGUGCUGAAGCUUCUGCAAACAACAACAAAUGAGCUAAGACAGAUCCUUGUUUUCAUAUGGACAAAAAUUCUUGCACUUGAUAAGUCAUGUCAAAUUGAUCUUGUGAAGGAUGGGGGGCAUACAUACUUCAUAAGAUUUCUGGAUAGCUUGGAUGCAAUUCCAGACCAACGAGCUAUGGCUGCUUUUGUUCUAUCUGUCAUUGUGGACGGACACCGACGAGGCCAGGAAGCAUGUCUUGAAGCUAAUUUAAUUGGUGUUUGUCUGGGGCACCUUAAACUAUCCAGACCAAGUGAUUCUCAGCAAGAAAAGUUUCUACAAUGGCUUUGUCUUUGUCUUGGAAAGUUGUGGGAAGAUUUUACGGAGGCCCAAAUAAUGGGUAGGGAGGCAAAUGCGUUUAAAAAGUUGGCACCUCUUCUUUCCGAGCCCCAACCUGAGGUAAGGGCUGCUGCUGUUUUUGCCCUGGGUACCUUACUUGAUAUUGGGUUUGGUUCAAGUAAAAGUUCUUUGGAAAAUGAAUUUGAUGAUGAUGAAAAGAUUAGAGCAGAAGAAGCUAUCAUUAAAAAUCUCUUAGAUGUAGUUUCAGAUGGGAGUCCACUUGUCCGGUCAGAGGUUGCUGUAGCUCUUGCACGUUUUGCCUUUGGCCACAAAAAGCACCUAAAGUUAGCCGCAGCUUCAUAUUGGAAGCCUCAGUCAAGCUCUUUGCUUACUUCUCUCCCUUCAAUCGCUAAACUCCAUGAAGCUGGGAAUGCAACGAUUGUUUCUUUACACAUGAGUCCUCUGACUAGAGCUAGCACUGAAAGCCAACCAGUUGCUCGUGAGGCGAGGAUCUCAAGCAGCCCUCUCAGCUCGUCUGGGCUAAUGCAUGGAUCUCCAUUAUCUGAUGAUGGUAUCAUGCAUGACAGUGUCAGCAAUGGAGCUGUCCAUCAGCAAAGACUGUUUGAUAACGCUGUUUAUUCGCAGUGCGUUCGAUCUAUGUUUGCAUUAGCUAAAGACCCAUCUCCACGAAUUGCAAGUCUCGGGCGGCGUGUGCUUUCUAUCAUUGGAAUCGAACAAGUUGUUGCGAAGCCCUCGAAGACCACUGGCCGAUUAGGGGAAGCUGCAACAACAUCUAACACUCCUCUUGCUGGCUUAUCUCGUUCAUCCUCAUGGUUUGAUAUGCAUGCAGGUAAUAUGCCCUUAAGUUUUAGGACUCCUCCGGUCAGCCCUCCUAGAACAAACUAUCUACCUGGACUGAGGAGAGUUUGUUCGUUAGAGUUCAGGCCCCACCUGACGGGUUCACCAGACUCGGGGUUGGCUGAUUCAUUUUUAGGCGCCAGUGGAUCUGAACGGAGUUUGCUCCCACUAUCAACUAUCUACAACUGGAGCUGUGGCCACUUUUCUAAACCGCUUCUUUCUGAAGCUGAUGAUAGUCAAGAGAUAGAUACCAAAAGAGAAGAGAAAGAAAAAUUCGCACUUGAGCAUAUUGCAAAAUGCCAGCACUCUUCUAUUAGCAAGCUCAACAAUAAUCCUAUUGCCAACUGGGAUACAAGGUUUGAAACGGGAACAAAGACCGCUCUUCUUCACCCUUUCUCUCCUAUUGUAGUUGCUGCAGACGAGAAUGAACGGAUCAGAGUCUGGAAUUAUGAGGAAGGAACUCUUCUCAAUGGCUUUGACAAUCAUGAUUUUCCUGACAAAGGAAUUUCAAAGCUCUGCCUCGUCAAUGAACUUGACGACUCUCUGCUCCUUGUUGCGUCAUGUGAUGGGUCUGUCCGGAUAUGGAAAAACUAUGCAACAAAGGGUAAACAGAAGCUUGUAACGGGGUUUUCUUCAAUCCAGGGUCACAAGCCCGGUGCACGUGACUUGAACGCUGUUGUGGACUGGCAACAACAGUCUGGCUGUCUGUAUGCUUCUGGGGAGGUGUCAACAGUCUCACUUUGGGACCUUGAGAAAGAACAACUUAUCAGAUCUAUUCCCUCUGAGUCAGAAUGCGGAGUUACAGCACUUUCGGCUUCUCAAGUGCACGGGAGUCAACUUGUUGCUGGUUUCGCUGAUGGAUCUUUGAGACUCUAUGAUGUUCGGUCGCCUGAACCGCUUGUCCUUGCGACACGGCCUCAUCAGAAAGUUGAAAGAGUGGUUGGACUCAGUUUUCAGCCUGGACUUGAUCUCUCAAAGGUGGUGAGUGCAUCACAGGCUGGUGACAUACAGUUCCUUGACCUUAGAACAUCAAGGGACACAUACCUGACGAUUGAUGCUCACAGGGGUUCACUCACAGCCUUAGCUGUUCACAGACACGCUCCAAUAAUCGCGAGCGGAUCUGCAAAACAGCUAAUUAAAGUGUUUAGCCUUGAAGGAGAACAACUAGGAAGAAUCCUCUACUACCCUUCCUUCAUGGGUCAGAAGAUUGGUUCAGUGAGUUGCCUCGCUUUUCAUCCCUACCAGGUUCUUCUUGCAGCUGGAACUGUGGACUCGCUCGUCUCCGUAUACACCCACGACAACUCGCAAGCACGAUGAGUCGCACACACCAUAAGUGAAAAAAAACGUUUCUCUUGUGAUUAAAACAUAAGCAAAAAAAAACAAGUCUAGGCCGUGUUGGGGUAAAGUGGGUGUGGUUUAUAUUUAUUCGUUAAGCCUCCGUGGAAGUGUUAGAAAGAAGAUCGCAAGUUAACAGCUAAUGAAGGAGGAGGCUUCACUAAAUAAGUUACUAUGCAAUGCACAUAAAUUGUGUCUGUAAAUAGUUUCUCUGCUUUGCUGUUCUUUAUAAUUAUGUUUCCUUGUGUGAUUUUCUUUUAUUUUUCAUUAUUGGUUUCAUGUGUAAAAAAAUGGUUAAAGUAAUGGUGAAAACAAGUUUGCAUUUUCGUGAUAUUUA